AUGACUCCACAGACGGAUCAGCAUUUCCAGGCUUCGUCCACACAGAGGGGAAGACCACGACAGCGCUCUGCUGUUGCUUGCACAUGGUGUCAUUCACGGCGAGUCAAAUGUAAUGCUGCCGCAAAGGGGCGCCCAUGUACCAACUGUGAAAAUGCCAACCGUCCUUGCACCUUGAUCGAGAGUAAACGAGGAAAGAAGAGAAAACUGUCCACGUCGCCAUCCACCUCUCAGCAGGACCUCAAUGGUAUCGCUGAAGCUCCUGUCAUUCAAAAACCAAUAGUCCAUGGCAAUGUUUAUGAUCCUCUCAGAGAGCUGCGGAAUGUCCCCAGGGAAGCCCACGCGGCUCACAUUCCAGGAACGUCUACUACCACCAGCGAGCACGAGGUUGUAGACCCUGCUCGGGAAGCAGAAGAGACGACCCUCUACGCUCAGGUGCUUGACAAGGCUACCAAUGCCGAAAUGCCUCAAGACGUCAAGGAAGGUGUCGUCCACGUAAUGUACAUGGGCGAAACCUUCAAUCUUACCCACCUCUUGAGGCAAGUACAUGCCAAAUCAGAAUCGGACAACCUGUUACGCAAAAGGCAUUAUGUCGUCCAUGUCCUCCCCAAAAGCAAACCUUCCAACCCGGUCAUAGAGCAGAACAGCUCUCUGACGUCCUUUCUGCAACAACAGGGAGCCUUCACCAUACCCCCAGUCAAUAUUUGCUAUCAACUGUUCCGCACCUAUUUCGACCUUGUCCAUCCACACUAUCCGAUCUUGGAUCGACACGACUUUGCUACACAUUAUGCAGAUCCCACCCAUCCUCCAUCAUAUCUAUUACUACAGUCCGUGCUGUUCAUGGCCAUGGGCCAUUGCGAUCUUUCAAUUUUGCAGGAGGCUGGGUUUACCUCGCGAUAUCAGGCUCGGAAAACCUUCUUCCAGCGUGCCAAAGUUCUCUAUGACAACGACCACGAGCCAAAUAAAGUCACAGUCGUCCAGUCUGUUUUUCUCAUGAGCUUUUGGUGGAACGGCCUAGAAGAUCAUAAGGAUACCUGGCAUUGGCUUGGAAUCUCAAUCAGCCUGGCCUUGACCCUUGGGAUGCAUCGUUCCACCAGACACUCCGACAUGAGGCCGAAAGAUCGAUCCCUAUGGAAAAGGAUAUGGUGGUCCCUCUUCGUGGAAGACAAGCAUGCAGCAACAGCAUUAGGGAGGCCAGUUCAUAUUCGACAGGCCGAUUGUGAUGUGGAGCCACUUGAAAAGGCUGACUUCGAUGAACAACCUGUAACGAGUCCAGGAAUAUUUGGCUGUCCAGAAAUAGUUGAUGCUCUCUACGUUAUUGCCUUGGUCGAUCUCUCUGUGAUUGCGGAAAGCAUCGUCGAAAAGUCCUUCACCGCCUUUAAUGCGACCACAUCUUGCAAUGCCGAUAUGUUUCAGACCUGUUCCGAGGAACUUGAGCAGUGGAAGUCGAACCUGCCCCCUGAACUACAUCAGGAACGGACGAAUUCUUGCCUCUGGACGAGCAUGCUGCACAUCGCAUAUAGUUGGUUCGAAAUAGUGACUCAUCGUUCCAUCAAACCACAAGAUCUUUCUCCACCAUCAAUGAAAGAUGCGCAUGCUCUUGCAAUGAAGGCGGCAAAUCGAUUAAUUCAGAUUGUUCAAGAUCUACUGGGGUGCAAUCGCAUUCUACAAUGCCCUAUCCAUAUAGUCCCAGCUUUAUUUGCAGCAAUGGGCAUGCAAGCUGUUGACAUUUACUCAGGUGAUGAGCUUCAAGGACAAUUAGGCGCGGUGAGGACAAAAGUUGCCAUGCUGGCCUUGCAAGAAUUGCAGGAAACAUGGCCAGUUAGUGGCUGGAUCUUCCACCUUUUCAAGAAGAUUGUGCGACGCAUUCAAGAUAAGAACGAGCUCCUUCCCAAUGAACCAGUAAAUGCAUCACCAGUGCAGACCAAAACUCAAUUUCAACAUGGUAUGGCCCCCCCAAACAGCCUCCAUGUUGAAGUGCAGGCCUUGGCCAACGGCAAAGCCAUCUACCAAGACCCAAGUCUAUCCCAGCUAUAUGCCAUGUCGGGUCACCCAACUGCACGAUAUCUUCUUCCAACCAUGCCAACCAUGCCUGUUGCCUACCCAGGUACAGAUUGGCAAAGCAUCUAUGACGAUGGAUCUUGGGGAGAUUUUGACUAUGAAUUUUAG